AUUAUUAUUAUUAUUGCCGUCGGAGCGAUGUUUUCCCUCAGGCCUCCCAAGGCCACCUUCCGGUCCUACCUUUUGCCUCAGGCAGAAGAGAAGAUAACCCCAGAACCCAGGCUGAAGAAGUUGGAACCGGUGCUCUUGCCAGGUGAAAUUGUGGUCAACGAAGUGAAUUUUGUGAGGAAAUGCAUUGCCACCGAUACGAGCCAGUACGAUCUCUGGGGGAAGCUGGUUUGCAGUAACUUCAAGAUCUCCUUCAUUACGGAUGAUCCGAUGCCACUUCAGAAAUUCCAUUAUAGGAAUCUUCUUCUGGGAGAACACGAUGUCGCACUGACAUGCAUUGAGCAGAUAGUCACAGUAAACGACACGAAGAGGAAACAGAAAGUUCUGGGGCCCAACCAAAAACUUAAAUUUAAUCCGACAGAGCUGAUCAUUUACUGCAAAGACUUCCGGAUCGUCCGGUUUCGUUUCGAUGAGGCGGGACCAGAAAGUGCAAAGAAGGUGUGCCUCGCGAUAGCUCAUUAUUCCCAGCCGGCAGAUCUCCAGCUCCUCUUUGCCUUCGAAUACGUGGGAAAGAAAUAUCAUAAUCCAGCAAAGAAAGUGAACGGAAUAGACCCUGGAGGGGGCGGCGGGGGCGGCAGCAGCCAGCAGACCCCUUUGUUUGAAACGUACUCAGACUGGGACAGAGAAAUCAAAAGGACGGGCGCCUCUGAGUGGCGCGUCUGUUCGGUCAAUGAAGGCUACAUGAUAUCUACCUGCCUUCCGGAAUACUUUGUAGUGCCGUCAUCCUUGGCAGAUCAAGAUCUAAAGCACUACUCCCACGCUUUCACCGGAAGGCGGAUGCCGAUGUGGUGCUGGAAUCACUCCAACGGGAGCGCUCUUGUGAGGAUGGCCAACAUUAAGGAUCCGUUGCAGCAGCGAAAGAUCGACCAACGAAUUUGCAACGCGAUCACCAGAAGCCACCCGCAGAGAAGCGACGUUUAUAAAUCCGACCUGGACAAGAGCCUGCCCCCCAUCCAAGACAUCCAGGCCGCCUUUCUGAAGCUCAAGCAGUUGUGCGUGAACGAGCCUUUUGAAGAAACGGAGGAGAAAUGGUUAUCCUUGCUGGAAAAUUCGCGUUGGCUGGAGUACGUGAGACUGUUCCUCAAGCAUUCUGGAGAGCUGGUCUAUAUGUUGGACAGCAAGCACGUCUCUGUUGUUUUGCAAGAGGAGGAAGGGCGAGACUUGAGCUGCUGUGUGGCAUCCCUCGUCCAGGUGAUGCUGGAUCCUUUCUUCCGGACCAUCGCUGGCUUUCAGAGCCUGAUCCAGAAGGAGUGGGUCAUGGCUGGCUACCCUUUCCUGGACAGGUGCAACCACCUGAAGAAAUCGGACAAAGAAUCUCCCUUAUUCCUGAUGUUCUUGGACUGCGUUUGGCAACUUCUGGAGCAGUACCCGUCGGCGUUCGAAUUCUCUGAAGCUUACUUGACGAUAUUGUACGACAGCACCCGCAUCUCGCUGUUCGGCACGUUCCUCUUCAACUCUCCGCACCAGAGAGUGAAGCAAAGCACGGAAUUUGCCAUCAGCAAAAACAUCCAGCUGGGAGACGAGAAAGGCCUGAAGUUCCCUUCGGUGUGGGACUGGUCCCUCCAGCACGCCCCGAGAGAUCGCACGCUCUUCCACAACCCCUUGUACAUCGGCAAAAGCACGCCGUGCGUGCACAAUGGGGCUGUGAAAUCCUUUAAACGGACAAAGAAGAAUUACAGCUCGACUCUGCGAGGCCUUCCCCCGUCCUUAAAGAACGGGAUCAUCAGCGAGCAAGACUUUCUUCCAAGAAGAAAUUCCCUCAUCCUAAAACUGAAACCCGACUUCCUUCAGCACACGGACAGCAGUGCCCACGGCACAGAGCAGUAUUUCAGAGAGUGGCUUUCCAAGCCGGUGGACCUGCACGGCGUGAUUCUGCCCCGUCUCUCUGGAACGCAAAUCAAACUCUGGAAACUCUGCUACUUCCGCUGGGUUCCCGAGGCCCAGAUCGCCAGCGGCGGCUUCAUCACCGCCUUCCGCAAAAUCUCGCUCUUGGCAGACGAAGUAGACAUGCUGAACCGGAGCCUGCGGCUGCACAACAGCAGCCCCCGGUUUCUGGCGAACAAUCCCGAACCGGAUCAGAGCCGGAUGUAUUUCAGAGUGAAUGAGCCCAAUGACGCUCCGGUGAGCCCGGAAUCUCUCUCUUCCUCUUUCCCGUUUUCUCCCGUGGGAAACCUCUGCCGGAGGAGCAUUCUGGGAACGCCGCUGAGCAAAUUCUUAAGCGGCGCCAAAAUCUGGUUGUCCACGGAAACGCUCGCUUACGAGGACUAGCCUCUUUUGGAGCACGAAGGCGGAGACGAGAGACCGGAGCUUCUUUGCCAUGCAACACCUCCUGAAGCUGUAAUAAUUUUAUACACAAAGGUUACCUAUCUUUUUUUUUUUUUUUUUUUUGCACAGAAUAUUUAAAAAGCAAGGGCGUCGUGCUUCAGGAA